GCCAGAAUUAGAUGGAACACAUGAGCAACCCCUCCCAUCAGCCAGCCUGUAUAUAAGCAGCUCCCCAGAGAAAGAUUAUUAUUAGCACUUAGGACAGAUCUAUACAAUCACGGUGCUGGAGAAUAGCAGGAGUUUCAAUUUGUUUUAUACGUGGAUGAAGAAUUAAGUGGAGGAAUACAUUAGGUGGCCCAGUUAAAAUACAGCUCUAAAUUUAAGAGCCAUGGAAGGAUUCCCUGCUGUGUUUUAUAGUGAGCCAGCCGUGCUGGGACUGUUAGCUAAUGCAGUGAGUGCUUUUCUCGUGUGCAUGCAAAACUUCUCACUGUUCAACACAUCGAUCGCUGCUGGAGGAGUGGAGAAUAUACUUGCUGGUGUUCACCUGAUCCUGAUUGGUGGAGUAGCCCAACUUAUUGCUGGUUUUCUGUCUUUCCGAAAAUAUGAUCACCUCAGUGGCACUUCUUUCAUUGCCUUCUCAGCCUUGUGGAGCAGCUAUGGUGCCACACGCAUUGUUUUGGGAUCAGACUCUCUCUCACAAAACAAUUCAUCAAUGCCUGCUCUCCCUGAGAUUCCUGUUACUGAGAGUGCAGUGUCUGGGCUGGUGGCUUACAUUGUCAUUGCAUUCAUCCUGUCCUUCUGCUCAGCUACAGUCAACUACAUCAUGCCUUUUGUCUUUGGUGCAAUAACACUGACAUUAAUCUUUGAGGCCGUAGGCUUAUUUGGACGUUGGGCUUUAGUUGUCUCAGGAGUUCUAGAGUUGAUCAUAGUUCUUUGUGGACUGUACGGAGCAGCUGCGUUGCUGUUGAAGGGGAUUACACAGAGAUAUGUCCUUCCUGGUUUUGGAAAUGCACUCUUCAAUGUCCUCCUUUUAGGAUCUGCAAACCGUAGUUCAUCCUCUACAGUUGGAGAAGAGAAAAAGAAAAAUACCAAGUAUGCUGAGCCCAUGGCACUUGGCUACCUGUGUGAUACCAUCUCUGCAUUCAUCAUGGCAUUCUAUUGCUUUGGGUAUAUGAAGACUUUUUAUGUUGGUGCCAUAUGGAUCAGUAUAAAUGUACUUUCACAAAUAUGCUCCAGCUACUACAGUUUUCUAAGAGAUGAUGUUUACUACGGCACUAAAUUUGCUUUCCAUGGAACAUUUUGGCUGGUCAAGUCCUGGGAAGAAUUUAUCUUGACAUUUGUUCUAACAUCUGGAGAUGUAGCUAAGAGCAGAGAACCAAUGGUCGGUGACUGGUUCUUCCUGGCAGCUGCUUGUGUGUUCUGCUUCUUGUCUCUAAACAAAGAUGUGUUAGAAAUUAUCCAUAACAUAGCAUUUGCACUAAUGACUGUGUCCACCAUACAGCAGAUCCCAUUUAUGCCUUCCUAUAUCUUCUUUGGAAUAACUUCUUGUAUAUUUACUGCUAUCUCACUCUAUACAACAUUUGCCAGUCUUGUAAAUUCAAUUGCAGAAAAAGUACUUAUACCAAUAGGAAACAUUGUGAUCUCAAGUGCAAAGUUCCAGGAUGUCUUGAUGUGUGGCAGGCACCAUCUAAAAAAAUCAGAUCAAGAACUGAAUGUGACAGAGAAUCUUACCUCACGCUCUUCUGACCCCUUGUUCUACCUCUGUAAUGGUCUUGCAGCCAUAUCUGCUAUUCAGAGCUCCUUAAGUGACCAUACUCAGGCUUAUUUAGCCAUUCCCUGGGUCCUUGUGCCUGGUACUAUCAUACAGCUCUAUGUUUGUCGAAUGGACGUCCAAGGAGGAAGAAAAUUUGGCUCUGUAUUGCCAUUUUGUUACUCUGCUGUUUGGGCAACCUGGGUCUGGCUACGAUUAGCAGGUCCCUCACUAAACCUUAGUGCCAAUAAUGAUGGAGGAUUCACUGCUGGAGCCAUUGCUUUCCUGGUAGUUAAUGUUUUUCUGAUUGCAUUAGCUGCUCAUGCAAACAUUAUCCUUUUGUUUGUCACACUUGGGAUGGAGGCUGUUAUCGUCUGCUUCCUGCUCUUCACUUUAGAAAGACUACCCCUGCCCCUUGAAAUUACUGUUCUGUCAGUGUUCGGCAUCUUCUGUCUUUAUGGUCUUCUGGGAUCUCUGGCAAACUGCAUAUUCAAUAAAGAACUGAUCCUCAUGGGACCUGCAAUCUAUAAGAAGCAAGAGUCAGCAAAGAGUGAUGAGGUUUCUGAGUCGUGCCUCGUACCUCUCUCUCGCCGUACCAGUAGCCUGAGGACCAUUGCACAGAUACUGGAGGGAGGCGGAGUGUGUGGAAUUCCCACUGACACUGUGUACGCUCUUGCUGCUUCCUGUAAACACCCAGAUGCUAUCAGCAGGAUCUAUACCAUAAAGGAACGACCAUCAGUGAAGCCUAUCUGUAUCUGCAUUUCUAACUUGGAACAGCUGAGGGUGAUCCAGCCUCCAUUUAGCCCCCUCUUGUGGAGGUUCAUGGACUUGGUCUACCCAGGAGGCAUUAGCUGCAUUGUACCCAAAGGAGAGUGGCUGAAAAGGCUAGGUGUAGGUGCAGCUUAUGAUAAGGUCGGGACACAGGACAGCAUCAUGAUACGGGUUCCAGAUCACACAAUUACUGCUCACUUAACAGACAUGACAGGACCCCUAGCCAUUACUUCAGCUAAUCCAAGCGGGGAGAGUGAUAGCACCCACCAUGACAUGGUCAUAACGCGAUUGAGUCAUAAGUUAGAUGCAGUCCUCUGUGACGGAUAUUCAAAUGAACUUGUGGGGUCCACUGUAGUAAACUGUACCAAAAUAGAUGAAGGCUCUAUCACAAUUCUGCGUGAAGGCUGUGUGGCUGCAGCAAAGAUCAUGCAAUUGUUUGAACGUGCAAAGAACACACAGGAUAUGCUAUAAGCCAAAGGAAAAAUACUAUUUAAAAGUUCAGGGAUGUUAAAAUAAUUACAUGUUGUGGUUUCUUUAAGCCCUGCUGGCAGGGAUCAAAACUUGGACUGUGAAAAAGUAAACAAAGAAGAAGAAAAUGUUGUUUUUUUUCCCAGUGGUCCAAAACAUUCAUUUAUUUAUUUUUUGUAAACUAUAUAAUUUAAUAGACAAAUCUUGAAUUUAAUUUAAUAAUUGUAUUAUUGUGUUAAUGUUUUCUAAUGAAUACUGCAAUAAAUCAUGUAUGACAAUUA